AUGGCUAUUUUGAAGCCGGACAAAGAUGAGAUUAAAAAUAUCUGCACUAAGAUGGGUGUGGGUGAGCUCUUUGGGUUGUUUGCUUGUAUUGUAACUGCUCGGUCUUGGGAGUCAGUAACCAAAGGCAUCACCAAAGUUAAAACAACAGCUUCUGAAGUGAGUUUACUUAUUAAAAGAUUAGUCAUUUAGACUUCACAUAUCAGAGAAUUUGCGUCUUCAUUGAUACCACAGAUCAGCCAAGUUUUGGACCGAAUGCCUCGAGCAAUGUUGUUGAUUUUGAAGACCAAUGAUCUCCUGAGAGCAAUUGAACAUAGAUUAGGAGCUCAGAACAGAUCAGAUGCUUUCCUUGAGGUGAUUUGUAGACCUAUUUGCGUAAAUUGUUCAAUUUAAGAUGAGUAGGCAAUGCAGCAGGACGGUGUUUGAUUACCGAAGGGCGAAGACGAAGUCUGUGGUGGCAAAGUUUGUGUUGACGGUAAAGCUUUACACAAUCCUCUUCAAGAUCUACCUUUACGAAGUUUACCUCCGGUUCCGGGAAAUGUUUUACGGUGCUGAGAGUCUGAGAGCCCAGUCGACAUCUCGUCCGCUUUCAAUUGUUUAUUAG